AUGAUCGUUAAAAGUGAACUUGAACCGCUAUCACAAAUAGCGGACAUCUAUGUUUAUUGUAUGGAUGAAGCCAAACAUAAUAAAUGGGCCAAUUCCUGUAAUAAAGUACGAAAUGUUUCGAAAAAUUUUGGAAAAAUUUUACAAAUGAUCAAGUAUGACUUACAAAAUAAUCCUAUUGUUCAAAUGAAAACUUCGACAAAAACACCAACAACGGAUUUUAACCAACAAGAUGCAGAAAAACCAAAACGUUAUAGAUACACCACGGACAACAACGUGUGGGAUCAACUAGCUUUUAGUUUGUUACUUAGUCAAUCAUCAAACGAUAAUAGUCAACAACAGGACUUUUAUGACUUUGCUAAAAACUUUAUUUCCACUGGAACGAACGAUAAUGAAAAUAAACAGUGUCUUGACCAACUGAAUCAAUUUAUAGAAACAUUUACACCAGAACAAUCGAUAUUCUGGUAUACUAAAGAUACAUUUCUGUACGACAUAUUAAUGAGUGAAAUGUAUUCGAGUGAUCUAGACUCAUUGUGGCAUUUGCGAUAUUAUUGGACAGCGUUUUACACUUCGUUACUUGAUGAACAUAAAAAGUUCGUCACCGAAUACCCAGAUGAAAAGUUAAUAUUGUAUCAUGGCACACAUUUAACGACUAGCGAAUUUAAUUUAAUGAAAAAAAGUUUAGGUCAAACAAUGACCUUUAAUAAAAUAUACUCGACAUCCUACAAUUUGUCACAAGCAUUAGAAUUAAUUAAAAGCAAUAAUAAUGCUCAAGUAACGCCGGUUCUUAUGGAAAUUAAAGUUGAUUUAAAACUUGACGAACACUUGCCAUACGCCGAAAUCAUACAUGAUAAUAAUGAAAGGGAAAUUUUAUUUUAUUUUGGUUCAAAAUUUCGUUUAACGAAAAUGGAAUACGUUGAACAUGAACAAUAUUGGCUAAUUGGGAUUCAGCUGUGUCAGUUACUCGAUGAUGAUGUGAAAGAACUAUAUAAUUAUUACGAAUGUACUUUACUGAAUUUGAACAACACUGCGCACGCCUAUGGAAAAGUACUCUGUUAUAAAGGAUUGUUUACCAAUGCAUAUUCUUAUUUUCGUUUAGCACUCGGUGCCAAAACAGAACAACUUGUUCAAGUUCAAUGUGAUUUAAGUGAAUUUUAUAUGAGGAAUGGUAAACAUGAUCGUGCCCUUGAUCUACAUGCGCAAGCAUUAGAUUUGGAACCAGACAAUCUUGAUGUUCAAAUAUUAGGGUGUUACCUCAGUAUAUUGAGCAGAGAUUUAAGUAGCGCAGAAGAUUUGUUAGAAAAAAUAAUAAAUGAGCAUCAGAAUAAACGAUCAAUAGCAAAGGUAUACAUUGCCUUAGGUUAUAUAGCGCUAUUGGACAGCAAUAUCCAAAAUGCACUCCAUUAUUUUACACUGGCUAAGGAAAGUGCAAAAAAAUUUGUACCCAGUAAUCAUCCAGAUUGUGCGAAAAAUUUCAUUCGUAUGGGUUACGCAUACUAUCUAACUAACAAUAUUAUGGAUGCAAAUGAAUGUUUUGAAAAUGCCUACAAACUACAGAAACAAUGUUUGCCACUAAGCCAUCCCGACAUAGCCAAAACCUACAUUGGCUUCGCACGCAUUUAUUCAGCAAAUCAAAAUAUGAAGCAAGCAUUAAACUAUCUUGAACGCGCGUUAGCUAUACAAAUAGAAAGAUAUUCAACUGUAUCAAGCAAUCAUGUAGAAAUAUUUGCAACCAAAAGUGACAUUAAAAACUUGGAAAAGUCUAAACCUUUACGUUCACGAAUGCAAUUAUUAGAUUAUAUAUAA